GGCGCCGUGCGCAGGCCCCGCCCCCGCUCUCGCGAGAGCCGGGAGGCGGAAAAUGGCGUCGACGUGAACGCGAGCCCGCGGCCGCCCAGGGAGUCGCCGCAGCCUCAGCGGGAGCCGCCGGAGCCGCAGGAAGAAGAGGAGGAGCCAGGGUCGAGGAUGGAGGAGGAACCCUCGGGGCCCAGCCCGGACAUGCCGGCCGCUGCAGAGCCCAGCUUCACUGAGACUGACAAGGAGGUGCUGUCUCCAGCUGUGGCCGCCGCGGCCACCUCGUCUUCCAUGGGGGAGGAGACAGGCCCUGAACGGGCAGCCACACCCCCAGUGUGGGACCGCGGAGGGCCUGGGGGGACCCAGCAGGGUGGCCCCUCACCCCCAGACAGUGGUCAGCCUGGUCCUGGAUCCAGCCUUGGCCCGGCCAGCACAGUCUCUGGGACCAGCGAGGACCUGAGGCCUCCCAGACGUCGCCAACAACCAGGGAAGCAGAUACCCUGCUCCAGCCCUGGCUGCUGCCUCAGUUUCCCCAGUGUUCGAGACCUGGCACAGCAUCUGCGUACCCACUGCCCACCCACACAGUCCCUGGAAGGCAAGCUCUUCCGCUGUUCUGCCCUGAGCUGCACCGAGACCUUCCCCAGCAUGCAGGAACUCGUGGCACACGGCAAGCUGCACUACAAACCCAAUCGCUACUUCAAGUGUGAGAACUGCCUCCUGCGCUUCCGCACGCACCGCUCGCUCUUCAAGCAUCUGCAUGUUUGCGCCGAGCAUGCGCAGAGCCCAGCCCCGCCGCCACCCCCCGCCCUCGACAAGGAGCCGCCGGCGCCCGAGCGUCCCCCGGAGUCCGACGCCGCGUCGGCGCCGGGCCUGCCGUUCCCGCUGCUCGAGCCGUUCACGACCCCCGCCCCUGCCCCCACCGGGCCCUUCCUGCCCUACUUGAACCCCGCGCCCUUUGGCCUGAGUCCCCCACGCCUGCGCCCCUUCCUGGCCGCGGCGCCCGGGCCGCCCGCCUCCAGCGCCGCAGUCUGGAAGAAGAGCCAAGGUGCCGGCGGCAGCCCGCGAAGACCCCAGGGCGGCUCCGACACGCCCUCAGGGCACGCGGCCCCGAGCCGCAUCGUGUGGGAGCACACGCGCGGCCGCUACUCGUGCAUGCAGUGCGCCUUCUCCACGGCCUCGCGGCCCGCCAUGACACUGCACCUGGAGGACCACCGCGCCGUCGCCCCCGCGGCCCCGGGGCCCGGGCAGCCGCGCCCCGACGCGCCCGCGGUGGCUCCCCACGGCUCUCUGGAUGAAGACCUUGUUCUAAUAGCCCACAAGGCUCCAUCGUGAACCUCUCCCACGCCCCCAUCCUCAGCCUCCUUGAGGUUGAAGAGCUCCAAGCUCCAGAGGCCGUUCUGCUUCUUCUG